UCCGCCCGGGCGGGCGCAGAGCGAGUGCACGUCACUGCGUGUGCGUGAGCGUGAGCGCCCGUCAACGCGAGAAGGGAUCGGGUUUAGGCUCUGCGUCCUUUUAGGGAAGUCUCGCUGGGAAACAAAGCUCCGAGCUUUGAGUUUCGUCCAAUUCCAGCUGUCGGUGACCCCGAGCAAUGGCGUCUUUCUGUACAGACUCGCUGGGCUCCCGGGAGCCCCCACCACUGUGCCCACCGAGCCUCAUGCCCCUGAGUGGCCACCGUGUGACCAGCCUGAGUGGUGCAGGUGCACGCACGAGCUCCUCCCACCCGCAGCCGCCCCCGAGGGAGCCCCCAGCAGUGCACAAAGGGCGUGGUUGCAGCCCGAGCCCCGGCACCUGCCCCCGGCUGCACAGAUGCUGAGCCUCCACCUGGGGACGUUCUGCAGUGCCACCCUGACCCCAGGGGAGACGGGCCCUGGUGUCCCCUCGGGGUCUCUUCUCUGUCCCCCUUCUCCACCCUGCAAGCAAACGGAAGGAAAGCUGCACAUCUCCAAGGACGGGCUCGGGGAAGUCUUGGGUGCAGGCGGGGACCCGUCCCCGGCGCCACUCCAGGUGAUGCAUUGGAGGUGGGGGUGGGAGACACGCUGCCCCCCCCCCAAACCCAGGCCCCAGAACGACAGCCAUGGAGAGGCCAGAGAAGGACACCCGUCCCAUCUGUGCCAGGUCCCUCCUCUUUCCCCUAAGGGGUCUGCUGCCGGGGGCCAAGAUAAACACCGGGAAUUGAGACACCGGAGAACUUUUCCAGGGUGUGGCCGCCGGCACCUGCCACCCUGCAGGGUCCACACCCACCUCCCCCGAAUGCAGCUGACCGGCCCAGCUGGGCUGAAGCAGCUCCCGGCUCCCGGCUGGGCUGAGGUCCCUCCGGUUUCUCAGAUCGCCAGCCUGGGGGUGCCGAGUUCCCUCCUCCGUUUCAGACCGCAGAGCUCCACGAUUCGCAGAGACACAGAGAAACGGAUGUCUUCCCUCUGCCGCAGCCCCCCAAACGGGAGUGUGAGAGAAGACACCAACAGACACUCUAAUAGGGCACUGUGGGAGCCAGCAGUAGCCACGGCGCCCGGGCCCACCCCGGCCACCAGACUGUCCUCUCCGCACCAACUCCAGGACCUCGUCGGCCGCUAGUGUGAGCGUGGGUCUGUCCCUGCCUGCCGACACGGCCCGGCUCUGACCUGCCUCACCCCUGCCAGGGUCCAGCAAAGCACUCGAGGCGUGGAACAGGCUCCAAAACACCGGCUGCUCAAUCCCCUCUCCCCUCUUCCCUGUCCCGUCUCCCCUCUACCCUGUCCCCUCUCCUGCUC